CAAACUCUCUCCAGAGGGAAGCCGUGGAUGACAAAGAGGUGAUGAGAGGAGUGAAGUUCUCCAAUUCACUGGGACAGCAUAUAAUAGCCGGGGAAGAGUAAAGAGCACACAGGCAGAUCCAGGAUACUCGCUCAGAAGAUGAGCGUUGUUCCCAUGAGGAGAGUCCUGAAUGACAACGUGGGCUCCGGCGAGGAUGUGAAUACGAGCUCUGGGACGGAGAAGGUGAUCAGCAAGGAGCCUUUCUGCUCCCUGCUCCCUCGACUGCAUUCAUCUUCUCAGUCUACAGCCUAUCAUCUAUCUGAUCAGGUUUACCUACAGGCUGCAGAUAUUUUCCAGCAGCUGUGUAGAGACAAGCCAGCCAGCCAACAUCAGCGUCUACAUUAUGGAAAAAAGACGGAAACAUCGCUGCUCAAGAGCGGGGACAAAACCAUGGAGAAGCAUGUGUUCCAGCUUGCCUUUAACACACUUAAAUAUCAAGAUUUACUUGAGGACAUCAUCUCCGACAGCUGCUUCCAUACUUCGCAGCAUAUUUCUGACGACUUGCUGCCUUUGGCGAUGGUGAUGCUGUUCGACUUUCAGGACAAAAAGUUUUCUCCGUGUGAACGUCCAACGAUAGAAGGGCAAGAACCCAUCCAGGAAGUCAGGAACCUGGAGAAAAGUCUGCACAGAUGUAAGACCAAGCUGGCUGCCUCUCUAGCUCGCUGCAGAGUGAAGCAGAAUCUGCAGAGUGUUUCCUGCUUCCUGUCCGACAGCGUCAGGACCAAACAGCACCGAGCAAGAGGUCUGCCACUGUGCGCAUGGAUCGACACUCUCAAGAUCAGUCUUGACGAGAUGUGUGAAGCGUUACAAAGCGCCGGUUUGUGUCAAGCGGAGAACGAGACUGAACUCGCGGAGUUCACGUUCUGCAGGGACCCCCUCUGUCCCGACACACUCAUCUUCUCGCAGCAUCUUCAAGCUUGGCUCCAGCACAGCAGCCUCACCGCCACACGUGUGCUGAACAUACAGGACAGGAGCGUGUGCGUGGCAACAAGUGUGUUACGCCCCCUGCUGUUUGAUAAAAACGACGUCCUGCUAGUGGGGGCCUUCUCGGCCAUGACCGUGGCACACGUGGCUGUUGUGGCUGCUGCCCGCUCGGUCCGAGUGCUGGUGUGUGGCGCUGAUCACAACCCCUCACACAAAGAGGAGAUCCAGGAACUGCUCACACAGAUGGACUUAAAAAACGUUCGUGUCCUGUCACAAGCGUUUUACGGUCUGGAUGACGUAGAUGCCACCGUCCAGCGAGUAAAGGUCAUCAUGGUGCUGCCUCAGUGCUCGUCUUCUGCCCUCAAUGACCCGGUGCCCGCUAUCCACAGUGAACAUGGAGACUGGGGUCUGCUGCCAGAUUUGUCCCAUGGUUCUGUUUCCAAGAGAAAAAUAAACUCUCUGACCGCCCAGCAGGCGAAACUGCUGGCACACGCUCUCACCUUCCCAAAGGUUCAGACUGUGGUCUACUGCACACGCUCAGUGUAUCCCGAGGAAAACGAACAGCUGGUGAAGAGAGUGUUAGAGAAAACACACACUCACCCCAAACUGCUGCCCUACAGGGUGAAUGGUCCAAUUUUCCCGGACGACUCCUCAUCAGGAGGCGAAACGGACUCGCACAAGUUUUUCAGGCUCGAACCAUCGAAGGUCACCAACGGCUGCUUCGUCGCCAGACUGUCCCGACAGGCAGAUCCUACUAAGGUGGAAACAGUCCAAGAUGUGCUGGCAAGGGCGGCGGCAAAGGGCCUCCUGGGCGGAAUGAUUCCCGAACAAUCAAAAGCUGCUAAAAAGGGGAAAAGCAAGAAGAAUCGAGCAGCAUCAGCCAGCAGCAAACCUUCAUCCUCCUCCAGCCUUGAGAGGGAGACGGGAGGAGAGCUGCCAAAUGGACGAGAUCCAGUCACACCUUCAGGAGAUGAAGAGGAGAAAGGCGAGGGAGAUGAUGAGGAGGAAAAAGUGGGCGAGACAGAGAAAGAGGGGGAAAAGAAGAGGAGGGGGCAUAAAGGGCGUAAGCGAAAAGGCCAUUCAAAGCAAAGCAAGAACACUACUGUCUCCACGCAUGAACCUAAAGGCCACAAGAAGAAACAGACAAAGAAAAAAGUCAACCAAUCACAUCACAAGAGGCGUCGGACGAAAAGCAAACCGAGACGAAUACCUCGCCUUACACUAGCUUUAAUGUCCUCUGCAAAACCCUCCAACCACUUGUCUCCAAUCACAGCUCUGGCACAGAGGAUGAGCAUCAAUCCAGCGUUUAAAUCACAGCAGACAUUACUCAGCAUGCCUUCCCCCGCUGGAAAGCAUCCUUCAACCGCUCUUCCUGCCAUACCCGCUCCCCACACCGCCUCCACGGGACUAAACACACAGCCUGAAAGAGCACAGGAAACAUCGAACGACGCUGCUAAACCAGCAAAAGAGGCGGUCAGAGCUGACAAUGUGGGGCUGCCACCAAUCUCUCUGCGCAGCAGGAGUGGCAGUUCUGGCUACAGGCCUCUGUCUGGGACCCUCAACUCCCAGCAAGGCAACAUGUCUACGUCUUCAUCCUCAAUCUCUCUGCCUGAUGUAUAA